CUUUGAACUGCUUGCCACCGCUCGAUCAAGACUCCAGCAGACUAUCAUACUCGUGCCUGGUCCUCUGCUUCACACCUCGUCUCAUCUCGUCUCCUCUACUUGCUCCGUCCCUGCGCUGCGCUGCGUGCAGUCCAGGCUUAGGCUCGGCACGCCGAUGUUCGUCCUUGCCAACAAACGCCACGCCAUGCGACUCGCACAUCGAUCAUUCGACUGCGACGAUGAGCGGCCAGAACGAUGUUCAGAUGCCUGCGUCAGAGUCACUUUCGGUGCCGAUACGGAGGCUACCGUCACCGCUGGUCUGUGGUGAAGCGUUAUGCUUUGUAGACGUCGACGCCCCAACAACAUCCACAACAAGGAGAGAACAAGGACAGGCUGUGGAGCUGCUGGACGAAUCUGCUGGCAGCAAGCUGGCCUGCUUAGCAAGUCGCAGUCGAAGUGUGAGGACUGCGGGCACAGGCGCAGAUGCAGAAACAUCAACAGGAACAGGAACAGGAACAUCGACAUCGACAGGAUUAGGAGCAGGAACCGGAACAUCAACCUCAACAUCAUCAAGGACAACCUCAGCCGGUGGUUCCGUGUCAUCUCCCAAGUUACUGGUCCAAUCGCCGGCGAAAGUGCAAAAUAGCGCCUCGGUGAGCCCGAUGAGUGCGCCCCUCAAAUCAGAGGACAUCGGCGAGAGUUUGCGCCAGAGCUACGAGAGCCGCCUGGAGCGCAGGACACUCAGGCUGAAGUGGACGAGCGAGGAGCAUCGACGUCGAGGGGAGGAACGCGUACGCGACCCUGCUUUCGUGUCCAAGCUUGAAGCACUCCGACAGCGCAUACGGGAAAAGAAGGAGGAAAAGCGCCUGGCCGCUGCCCUCGUCGAUCUCUUGCAAUGCUGUGCCCAGCUUUUGUCAUCCUCGUCCACAGCCAAUGCCUUCAAGAACCAUGAUAGCAGGCACGUCAACACCGGCGUCGACGUGCCGCGUCACAAUUCCGACCUCCGGUCUAGGCGCCAUGCUGCCAAGAGCGGCGAAAGCAGGGUGUCUGCCUUUGAGCAGGGAAACCAGCAGCUGAGAAGUGAUGGAGAGUGCAACUGCGUCGACAUCGCAAUCCGCGUCCCAAAACAACACAUGCUCUGGUUGGCAUUGCAAGAUGAGCAGUCUGCUGUCGGCGAUGGAUCCGAUGCGAGCAGCGUCCGUAGGGACGCGCAGCAUCCCUUUCUGGACUAUGCUUCAGUCAUCGAAAUGAAUCGAGAGGAUCACAGCGACCUCAGCGGCUCCAUUGUCAGACAGAUCGCCCGCUACGCGCGUCAGCUUCUGAUCGCCCAUCCAUUCGCGCGACGCGUGCAUGUAGUGACAUGGACAGGGUCCUUAGUGCGUCUGUGGCAAUACAAUGCCAACGGCAUCGUCUUGUCCCGCCCCUUCGCACUCAUGGAGACGUCAGACUCGAGCAGAAAAGAAGGCAGCGCAGACAGUGUCGCAGAGCUAGGCAAGCUGUGCUACCUGCUCAUGUCUGGAGAGGCGACUGUCCUUCCACGAUGGACACCUUGCUCCCCCGAUGCCAAAGCUCAACUACGCGACAUGGAGGUCGGCAUUGAGAUCAAAGAUCAUCAGUCUGUUCGGAUCAUCAAUGUGCGCCCCAGCAUAGACGGCUCUCGCACCGUGCUGUUUGGCACACCCAUAACGAACGUUCACUUUCCUCAGCAAUUCAAGACGCAGUAUCCUUGGGUCUUUUUCAAAUGCAGCUGGCUCCCAGAGCGACUAAGCCAGCACGAGCACACUAUGCUGAAAGAACUGUCAAAGACUGGCUGUGCACCGGAUCCUAUUGGCAAUUUCCAGCUACCCUGGACAACUUCGACAUUGAAGAGCUUCUCGCGCUCUGAAGAAGACGAAGGUCAGCAUAGAAUGCUAGCUUGCGUGCUCGUCUUUGCACAGCAUCGCGGAACGCACAUUCCCUACACUUUGUCGGUCGCAGAGAAAGCUGACGUAUUUGCUCAGCUGUCUCAACAACUCUGCGCUUAUGCAAAGAGAGGGUACCAUUACCGUGAUUUGAACACCGGCAACGUUCUCAUCAGGUAUGAGAACGACAAACUGGUUUUGAACCUGGUUGACCACGGGAACGUCCGUCAUGGCUUUGUGCGUGGCCUCGAGACCACAGCAGAGGACGACGCACGUUCCGCAAACCAGCUCUUCAUCCCCUCCGGCAUGCACAGGGCCGUGAGUGCUCGGGAUUCGUUCAUCUUCGCCGGCCAACGAUUGUUGGUCGCAGUUACAGACAGGGACAAGAUGCUCAGGCGGAGACAGUGGUAUGACGAGCAUCGAGAGCUGUACCUGUCUCUGCACAGGUACUGUGACGACCUCGAGUCGUCGAUCUACAUACUCAUUUGGCUGUCUGCAAAGCCCGGAAUGCACGAUCAGCUACGCAGAAUUCUCACCGACGCAGGCGAGAAGACUAAUGCAUGGUCGAAGGAAGUCCGUUUCGAAAUGCUACUCAUCGAACACCUCGGCGCAGAAGAGGUUUGCAAUGAUUUGCUAUUGGAACUCUACAGAGCCAUUCGACAUGCACAAGAAGCAUCGCUGAAAAGGGUGGAGACACACUACGAGGAGAUGAUCCUCAACGGCGAGAGCAACGUGCCCUUUGAGAUCAUCGAAAGUCGACUCAAGACCGUUGGGGAACUCCCUUUGACGCCAGAAGAAGAGCAGUGCAUGGCUGUUGAAGCGCCAAGACUCUUCAGGAAGAUGAGCCGCUUGCAGACUGCUUCGGACUCGACUCCACCAGACGCCAAAAGAACGAAGCCAAAGCCUUAAAGAGCGUCGCGCUGCAAGCCGCAAACUUCCUGCCUCGAGUCAGGCGGCCUUCAAUUUGAAGAGGCCACGAGCGAGUUCAUGCCGUGCCUGCCUCGAGUGGGCUCUCGCUGCUCGGAACUCUCAAUUCGGCCCCUUUCCUAAUCCCGCCUUGUAGCCUAACACUCACCCUCGCUCGGUCACACUCAACUGGCUCACAAUUAUCACGACGAUCACCCCGCUCUUGAUACUGGUGCUGCGCUUAUCUCUCCCUCCAAAGGCCGCGUUUUGAAUCAUGUUGCAGGCGAAGGCGGGCAGGCCUUAUGAGAACCUCGAGUCACGAGUGCAAUCGAUCGGU